AGCUCAGCUCAAGUGCCUUUAGGAUCAAAUGCUAAACCCCUAGCAAAGAGACAAAUACAGAAAUCAAAUUCCAAAAUUGGAAAUCCAGUUACAAUUUGACAUUUGAUACAAACUAAUUCAAAAUUUUGCAAUCGAAAAGAAGAUGGAAGGAGGAGGAGGCGUUAAUGGCAAGGAGAGAGAAGAGGAACAAGACGGAAUGUCCGUACAUUCUCCAUGUAAAGCUCCUCCUUCCUCUGCUUCCUCUCUCCCUAAGGAGCAAUCACAGGUUGAAUUGGAGCUUAGACUAUUAGAAGCUCUUGAAAUUUAUCCUCCUGUUAAACUUCGAGGCAUGCAUCGACACUUUGUUCUUUUUGGUCUAAUGGAAUUUCUCCGUAAAAGCUUUGAUCGACACUUCUCUCCAGAGGAAGUCCUGCAAUUGCUGGAUCGUUUCUACAACAUAGAAAUGCUGAAACCAGAUGAUGAAGAGAUAGAAAUUCUCGGUCAUGAAGAAGAUUUCUCCUUGCCUCAAAGCUAUUUUGUCAAGGAAGAGUAAUAACUAGCAAUUCAUUUCUAGGCUUAGUUGGUCCCGGUCGUGUUCUUAAAAUGUUAACAAAAGGAAAAACAGCGAAACUUUAGAGGAGGUACAUAUUGCUCAGAAUCUCAAAAAUUUUUGUUCUAGUUAUAGCCCCUUGAUUGUCUUUGUCAAAUGUCAUAUGACUUCGACUUUCUUUAUUUGAGAAGAUAAAUUUGUAAAUACAAGUAGAGAUUAGCUAUGGCGCUUACAGCAAGCUAAUUUGAAGCAACAACAUUGUAUUCAUAAAGUGCUACUGCCUUCUAAGUUUUGGAUCAUUAACUUA